AAAAUUACUUUUUUUAUUUUUGAGAAUUUCAAAUUAGUUGAAGUCCUCAUUAGUGCAUAAUUAACAUUAAUAUAUGUAUGAUCAACAUUUUAUUCGUUAUUUUAAAAAUUUACAAUUUAAGGAUUAUGCGUGAGUAAAUUUAAUUGUGAUUGUAGUACGUCAUCAAAUUACUUAAAUAUAUAAUGAAAGACAAAGAGAAACCAUCUAUACUAAAUGUUCAACAUCGUAUAGUGGAAACGGUUGGACCAUGGAUAUUGAGAUAUUUAUCAGGCUCUACUGUUCAAGAUAAAUGUUUAACUAAUGGUGAAGAAGUAGAAGAUACAAACGAAUCAUUUAUCGAUGAAGAAAGUCAAGCAGAUACAAUUUAUCUUAAAACUCUAGAUCCUAAAGAAUGGAAAGAUCAAGAUCAUUAUCAAGUCUUAGGAUUAUCAAAAUUACGAUAUAAAGCCACUGAAGCACAAAUCAAAACUGCUUAUAGGCGUAGAGUUCUUAAUCAUCAUCCAGAUAAAAGAAAAAAGCUUGGUGAGAAGGUUCAAGGCGAUGAUGAUUAUUUUACAUGCAUCACUAAAGCUUGGGAAACUCUUGGAAAUAAAACUAAAAGACGUGCAUAUGAUUCAAUUGAUCCUAAAUUUGACAACAGUAUUCCUUCUAAGGAAAUGGCGAAAAAAUCUGACUUUUUUGAACUAUUUGGCCCGGUAUUUGUUCGUAAUAGUAUGUGGUCUGAGCAAAGUUCUGUACCACUUUUAGGUGAUAUAAAUAGUAGCCGUGAUCAUGUUGAUCGUUUCUACAAUUUUUGGUAUGGUUUUAAUUCAUGGAGAGAAUUUUCAUAUCUUGAUGAAGAAGAUCGUGAACAGGCCUCAGAUCGUGAAGAACGAAGAUGGAUUGAAAAACAAAAUCGUGCAAAUCGUACUAAACUAAAAAAAGAAGAGAGUACUCGUAUUAGACAGUUAGUUGAUCUUGCAUAUGCUAAUGAUCCAAGACUUUUAAAAUUUAAAAAAGAGGAACAAGAACGAAAAGCUGCUGUGAAACAAGCCAAAAAAGACGCUAUAAGACAAAAACUAGAGGAAGAAAUUAGAUUAAGAGAAGAAGAAGAAGCUAAAGUACAAAAAGAAAAAGAAGAACGCGAGGCUGCAGAAAAGGCACAACGAAAUGCUCUUAAGGCAGAAAAAGAUAGUCAAAAAAAAGCUUUGAAAAAAGAACGUAAACAUAUAAGGGACUUAUGCAAAACAAAUAAUUACUAUAUACAAAACGGUGAUAAUGUUAUUGAAAUAAUGUCUGGUGUUGAAAAAAUUUGUGAUCAACUUUCUGCCAUUCAGCUUAAACAAUUGGCAAGUGCCCUUCAAAUAGAAGGUCGUAAAGCAUUAAUAGAAAAGCUUAAACAAAUGGAAUGUAGAGUUGAAAUGAAUAAUGUUAUUAAAAAUGAUACCAAAAUAGUUGAAAAAAAUAAUAAUGAUUGGGAAACAGAUGAUGUUCAAUUAUUGAUAAAAGCGGUCAAUUUGUUUCCAGCUGGUACAAACCAACGUUGGGAAGCUGUUGCAAAUUUUAUCAAUCAACAUAGUAAGAAUGGUGAACGAAAUGCCAAACAAGUAUUAGCAAAAGCUAAAUCUCUUCAAAGUACUAACUACACUGACAAUGCUUUAAAAUCUGAAAUGAAUGCCAAUGCCUAUGAUCAAUUUGAAAAGGAAAAAAAAUGUGAAUCAUUAGUACCUGAAGUGGUUUCAGAACGUCCAGUCGGAUGGUCAGCAGACGAGCAAAAAUUAUUGGAACAAGCUCUUAAAACGUAUCCAAAUGCAGUAAAAGAACGUUGGGAUAGAAUAGCAGAAUGUGUUCCAACAAGAACGAAAAAGGAAUGUAUGAAAAGAUAUAAAGAAAUUGUUGAAAUAGUAAAAGCCAAGAAAGCUGCUCAAGUGUAAAAGUUUAUCAACUAUUUUGAAUGCAUGUUAACAAAACUUAAUGUUUUUAUUUAAAAAAUUUUUGUUUUGUUAAUAUUUUGAACAAAAUUAAAUUUUUAACUCAAUAUAGUUUUAAUGAUCAUUAAUCAUUUGACACAAUACAGACAACUUGUAAAAUGUA